AUGCCUUCCGCCUCCAAGGAGAAGAGACUCGCAAAGAAGGCUGCCGAGGGCAAGUUGAAAGGCGGGAAGGCUGCCAAAGGCAAGAAGGAGCCCGAGCUCGAUGCCAACGGCAAUGCCGUCGAAGACGAUGCUCCCGCCACCUCUGGCGAGAAACUGGACGAGGUCAAGCGUCUGGCAGAGCAAAUGGACGAAUACGGUAUUUCAGACAGAGUCACAACUGGUGUCCUGGCGUCGACGCAAGCAAGCAAGGACGUCAAAAUCACCAGCACAAGCUUGGUGUUCCAUGGUCGUGUUCUCAUUACCGACUCUACCAUGGAGCUGUCGUUCGGCCGUCGAUAUGGACUUCUCGGUGAGAACGGCUGCGGAAAAUCCACGUUGCUCAAGGCUAUUGCAGCCAGAGAAUUCCCUAUUCCCGAGCACAUUGAUAUCUAUCUGUUGAACGAGGGAGCUCCUCCUAGCGACCUCGGAGCCCUUGAUUGGGUUGUCACGGAGGCUGAAAAUGAAAUGGAUCGUCUCGACAAGCUCGCAGAGAAGCUUCUCGAGGAAGAGGGCCCCGAGAGUCCCGUAUUGAUUGAUCUCUACGAUCAUAUGGACAAGAUGGAUCCCUCUACGUUUGCUACACGUGCGUCCUUGAUCCUGACUGGCUUGGGAUUCAACAAGAAGACAAUUCAUAAAAAGACCAAGGACAUGUCUGGCGGUUGGAGAAUGCGAGUCGCUCUUGCCAAGGCACUGUUCGUCAAGCCGUCCCUGCUGCUGCUGGACGACCCCACUGCUCACUUGGAUCUCGAGGCCUGCGUGUGGCUCGAAGAAUACCUCAAGAAGUGGGAUCGCACCCUCGUGCUUGUUUCACAUUCGGAGGAUUUCCUCAAUGGAGUGUGCAACAAUAUGAUCGACAUGCGCGCCAGGUCGCUCCAGUACUACGGCGGCAACUACGAUUCCUACCACAAGACUCGUGCCGAAAAUGAGACGAACCAGAUGAAGGCGUACACCAAGCAGCAAGAAGAAAUUGCUCACAUCAAAAAGUUCAUCGCCAGUGCCGGUACCUACGCCAACUUGGUCAGACAGGCCAAGUCCAGGCAAAAGAUUCUGGACAAGAUGGAAGCCGAUGGUUUCAUUCAACCUGUUGUCCCCGACAAGAUUUUUACUUUUAGAUUCGCCGACGUGGAGAAGCUCCCACCUCCCGUACUUUCUUUCGACAACGUCACGUUUUCCUACUCUGGCGAAAAGGCCGAUGACUUGUAUCGCAACCUGGAUCUCGGGUUCGACAUGGAUUCCCGAACCGCCCUUGUCGGCCCCAACGGUGUCGGCAAGUCCACUCUCCUCCGCCUCAUGACCGGCAAGCUCUCUCCCACCGGUGGUUCCGUCACUCGGCACACCCAUCUGAAGCUCGGUCUCUACUCCCAGCACAGUGCUGAGCAACUGGACCUCACCAAGUCCGCCCUCGACUUUGUUCGCGACAAGUACAAGGAAAAGUCGCAGGACUACCAGUACUGGCGUCAACAGCUGGGCCGUUAUGGCUUGACGGGUGAUUCACAGACUGCCUUGAUGGGCACCUUGUCUGAGGGCCAGAAGAGCAGAAUCGUCUUCGCCUUGCUUGCUAUCGACAGUCCCAACAUGCUUCUGCUCGACGAACCGACCAACGGUCUCGACAUCCCCACUAUUGACAGUCUGGCUGAUGCCAUCAACGCCUUUAGCGGUGGUGUUGUUGUAGUCUCUCACGAUUUCAGACUUUUGGACAAGAUUGCGAAGCAGAUUCUUGUAUGUGAAAACCAAACUAUUCAACCUUGGGAUGGUAGCAUUGGCGAAUACAAGAACUACCUCCGGAAGAAGAUGGUGUCUGCUGGUGCGGUGUAA